GUCUGGGAUAGCCUCUAACGCUCAAACGCACACACACGCUCUUACUUUCUUUUUCUGCUUCUCUUCUCCUGUGCUUUUGGGCUGACAGCGGAGAAUGACAGCUGUUUCGCCAGUUGUCAUGAGAUUCAAUUCGCCAGUUAAAUGGUGAAACGACACACACACACACACACACACACACACACACACACACACACACACACACACACACACACACACAAACAGAAACACAGAGAUACAUAGGUACACACACACGCCACGCACAUGAGGAAUGAAUUGAGAGAGGGGAGCUGGCAGCAACACAGAGUGUCGUACAAAUGCCGCUAUGCAACAGUGUGGGAAUCUCCCUGCAGGGACAUCUGUCCUAGACACACAGGCAUGUCUGUCCCAGCCCGCUCUCUGUCCGUGCUACUACUGUACCGUCAUGACACGGACAGCUACAUUCAGAUAGACAGGAGCAUAGCUCUAUACAAAACAUGGGUAACACACUUAGCCAAGAAGGUAAAAAGGACAUGGUGUGUGUUUCUGUCCCGUAGCAGCAUGACUGUGCUUGUGUUGACUCAAGCAGUCCUGAUGCUGCUAACUGUGCUCUGUGUUGUAGGAGGGAAAAUAAUAGGCUGUUGUCCUCUUCGGCCUAAUGUCAUGUUGCAUUGUGCUGCUAAAUUGUGCCCCAUUGUCUUGUUAUGAAUGCUUUGCACCAAGAUAACACUGUUCUGCUGUGUUUUUGCACUGACAAAGCAUGUGGAAAAUGAAGAGAAAUGGCAUUUUAAUCAAAGUUAUUCCUUUUUAUUGUGUUACUCUUUGGUUAACAAUGUUUCUUUUUUCUUUUCAAUGGUGUGUGACUGUGUGUCUUAAAACAUGUGACCAGUGUAGGUGUCAGGGGCAGCUGCGUAAGCCUGGAGGUUUUUCUGAUAUCAAUGCAGCUGUGUGUCUGUGCAAGUCCUGUGUGUGUUCAACGUCAUUUGCCAGACUCCUUCUUGGCCAGUAACUUCAUGGAGUCAAGAAAUAGUUUGGCACAACAGGAAAAUGGCGAAUUGUUGAUUUUAUACUUCUGUUUUCAGAUUAACAUUUCAAUGUUAAGAUUAAAACAUGUAAAAAAGAAUUGCCUAAGAGGAACUGGUAGGCUCUUAUUAAAUCUUUUUUUAAACGUUUUGGAUGGAACUAGGCUAGCUGUUAACUCUAGUGUCCAAUCUUUAUGCCAAGCUCUAAACUCAACUUGAGAGUUUUAUCGAUCUUCUCAACUCAAGAAAGUGAAUAUGUGUAUUACUUUAAAUUACAAAUGAUUCCUUUUAGAUGCAUUGUUAUGAUAUAUGAAUUGUAUUAAACAUAUGUGAAGUAUUAGGUGGUUACAGUCAUUUAUUGAAAGGGAACAUAAAAGGGACUAAAUGUGAUUUUCACGUUCAGGUUCAUGAACUGAAGUGUUUCCUUAUUUACAGACAUCUCUCCUGCUGAGCUCGAUGCUCUUUGGAGGGAACCACCAUAUACUCUUGGGGGAGCACAUGAACACUUCUCAGAAAAUGACAUCAUGACUCAAGGUGCAGGUGAGGAGGAGGACGGUCCAGUGGUGCAGUCAGGUGAAGGAGGGGUGGAGCCUGACAGCUACUGGAAGAAGAAAGAAGCCUUCCUCAGAGGAAGUACUGUGACACUGGGAGAGAAAUUCUCCUCAGAAAUUGAGCUGCUGUUCACUGGGCGGAGGCGCUCCAGCAUGGAUCCUGACCGGGCGCUACAGGAGGCGCUCCGCACCCGACUCCGAGUGGUGGAGAGUAGCAGCCAAGACGUCAUCCAGCUCUUUAAAGACUUGUCAGCACGUCUGGUGUCUGUCCACGCUGAGAAGGAUAGCUUCGUACUCACAUUCAAGACUGUGGAGGAAAUCUGGAAGUUUUCAACUUACCUAGCAUUAGGCUAUGUGGCUCGCUGCUUGGAGAACUUCCUGUGUGAUCAGUCCUUCUGGCUGGACCCGGAGCUGCUCAGUGACCUGCAGAUCAAUGUAACUGUGGACGAGGAACAUCUGGCCACCCUCUACCUGGGACUGUUACUCCAGGAGGGAUCCUUCUUCGCUAAGGCACUAUACACAAGAAGUGAUCAGGACGAGGACGACGAAGAACAGCUGUCGUUCAAAAAGAAUGACUUGCUGACGGUGAGGGACACAGGGCAGGACAACAUGUGGGAGGGCACCAUGCUCUCCACAGGAAACCAUGGCCUGGUGCCGGUCAACGCUAUGCAACCCUUGCCUUACCCCUUCUAUCAGUGGUUCCUGAGGAAGUACCCAAGCAACGCUGGAUGCUCGCAAGCAGAAAAGGAACCAUUAGAUCAUUCUAUCGUGACAGGUUCCUGUGUAGCAGUGGUCGACUACAGUCCAGUGGGCAUGGAUGAGCUUCAGCUGAGUCAAGGUGACAUUGUGGAGAUCCAGGGUCUACUAGUCCGAGGCCUGGCCAUGUUCAUAGCAACACACACUUCCACAGGUCGCACUGGUUUCGUACACAAGGCCCAUGUCAAGCCUCGGGACACCAUACCCCUAGACGGUCAGUUGGUCUUUCUGACAGAGGAGGAGAGGGCCAGCCUGGCUAAGGUUAAGCCGUGUAGCUCUGACAGCGACAGCGGCCUGCUGGAAAGACUGUUCUCGUGUGACAUCAGCUCUGUGUACAGGCUAGACAGACUGGAUGAGACAGACUUCACGUACAUCAGGAAUCGCCCAAAAGAUGAGCCUAAGGUUCCUGCAAGCACCCGUCAGAGCGUCAUGUCAGAGAAAAGUGAAGGGACACCGCCGUACCACUCCUCUCCUCGCCACUCUCUCUCUCACUCCUCCCCUCGUCUGUCCCUCUAUCAGUCCCACAAUCCUCUGCCACGUGAGGGAGAGCGGCUGUCCUUCACUCUGGAGGACACAUUCAAAGAACUGGACGAGUACCAGGAAGACCCACCUCUCUUUGUGGAGGAGAACAGCUGGGAGAGGGAGGACUCCGAGUUCAGUGACCCCACAUUGACCCUGCUCAACCACGAGCAUUUCCAGGAGGAAUUCCUGCCUCUGUAUGACCUGCAGUAUUCCUUUCUUUGGGUGACCUUCAGUGGCAAGACUGAGGACGAGCUAUCAGGUUACCUAGAGAGUGUCAGGGAGUAUGCUAAGAGGAUGGGCUUGCACUGGGCCCAUCGACGGGCAUGUUUCCUCCUGGGAAGACUCUGUGCCCGGAAGCUAAAAUUAUCGCAGGCCCGUGUGUACUAUGAGGAGGCUCUCAGUGUCCGUGUGGACAGUUUCUCUGACAUGCCGCUCCUCAUCGCUCUCUUCACAAACCUCACCGCUGUCUACCUGAAGCAACGUAUGACGGACAAGCUGCCCCAGACUCUGGAGAAGGCCAGUGCCCUGCUCCUCUGUCUCCCCUGCCACUCCUUCACCUCCACGGACGAGGUUGAACUGCUGCAGCUGCUCCUGAGGAGAUCGGUGGUGUUGGGGGACAAACACCUGGAGGCUCGUGUCUGCUACCUCUUCUCCAGCCUCUUCCUGCUUCUCAGGAAGACUGACGAUGCCCUUCCCUUCGUUGAGCGACUCCAGUUUCUCUCUGUGACUCUCUCUGCCUCCGAGGGACGUCCCAUUGUACCUUUGGACCUCAACUGGCUCUUGAGCUGGCUCUAUCAUCGUAAAUACAUGCCUUACUUAGCGCUGGCCUCUCUGAGCCUGGACUCAAGACAAGACCACUCCCUCCACGAUGCGUUCCAGAGGAUUGAGUUGUUUAUCAGGAACUCUGUUCGCCUGAACCCGUGCUGGAAGGAAGGAACCUCCCUGCUCCCUGCCCAGAUUGUGAUUUACCUUCAGCAGGCCCUGAUUAUAGCUGAGCAAGGGGAGGACUUGAAGACCCAGAGGGAUCUUUGUCAGGGCUUGGCCACAGUCUAUCAGCAGUAUGAUGCUCUAGAUAAGGCGGUGCGCUGUGCUCAACAAGCUGUGGAGACUGGAGGCUACAUCAAUGAGGAGGAGGGCUUUGAGGCCUCUGUGCUGCUUGGGUGGCUGCUGGUGUUGACGGGCCAGGCUGAGAAGGCCCAGAGUGUCCUACAGCCACUGCUCACAUCACUACAGGGCACAGACAGUCCCACGCAGCGAGGAGUGAUCCACAACCUCUUGGCUUUGUGUCUGAGGCGGCAGGAUCGCAUCCCAGAGGCAGGCUGGCAUCUCCACUCUGCAUUAGUAAUCUCCAGGGAAUGUGGAAACCAGAGGAACCAAGCACUGGCAUUGGCCAACCUGGGCUGCUUGGCACUGGAUGUGGGGGCAUCGUUAGUGGCAGAACGCUUCCUGGUCAGAUCCCUGUGUCUUUUUCUGGAGCUUUGGGAAAGCCCCACAGACGAGGAACAUGUUCAGACCUGUCUUUGGCUGGGGCGGAGCUACAGAGACAGGAGGAAGAAUCAGGACAGCAGGGCGUGUUAUGAAAUGGGGCUACUUAUUGCACUACAUGCCAGAAACUUACAUAGUCAGAUGGUGGUGGCCAAGGUGCUGAGUCGGCUGUAUGCUGACAUGCUGCUGUACGGUCAGAGUAUCGUCUACUAUGAGCACUGUGUGUCGGUAUCCAGAGAGCUGAAGGACAAGAGACUGGAGGGGGAGUAUCUGGAAAUCCUCAGCAACCAAUAUCUCUCACUCAACACUGAAAGAUCAUCUCGUAAAUCUCUGGACUACACCAAGCAGAGCCUGAGGAUUUCUAUAGAUUUGGGCAAGAGAGAGGAGGAGUCAGAGACCUGGCUGCAGGUGGGGCGCAUCUAUUACCUCAUCCAUGAAGAUGAGCUUGCUGAUAUGUAUCUGCAGGCAGCAGUGAAGACAGCCCUGAGGAUGAAUGAUCAUCACUUUGUUAUGAGCAUCUACGAGGAGGCCGGAGACGUCUACUUUAAAGGCAUCAGGAACCGAAUGGCUUCAUUGCCUUUCUACAGGGAUGGCGGUCUGCCAUUUGCACGGAGCAUCAGGGACGUCCAUUCAGAGUUCCGUUUGUUGAGUAAACUGACAGAGCUGUUAAUGAACCAGGGAGAGCAGGAGGAGGCUCUGCAGUACGCAACACUGGCUGUUCAGAUCGCCAGCAAAACAGAUGUACAUGUGAAUGAGAGGACAGCCUACCACCGGCUGGCUACAGUCUACUACAGCCUGCAGCAGUAUGAGAUGGCAGAAAACUACUACCUCAAGUCCCUGUCCCUCUGUCCGCCUGUCCUGCAGGACCCUAAGGAGGCUCACUACUUCACCAAGCUCUACUGCAGGCUAGGCAAUCUCACUCUUCACAAACUGAAGGAUUCUUUUGAUGCAGUGGGCUACUUCCAGUUGGCUCUGGCAGCGGCCCUGGAAGACCAAGCUCACCCGGAGGCUCUGUAUGUGGUGUACAUGAAGCUGGCCGAGAUCCACGGCAACCACAUGCCCGAUGCUCAGCUGUGCCAAGUGUACAGAGACAGAGCCCAGAGUCUGAAGAGAGUUCUCGCCAGAGAGGAAGGCGCUGCUGCUGGAGAGGAUGCAGACACAGAGUCUGGCCCAAAGAAGGAAGUGGACUCUAAUGCUGAUAUGGAGUGUACAGAAAGUUUGGUGAAGAGAAACAGCGCUUUCAUGUCUGCAUCUGAAAAUGAAAAAUGUGAAGAUAAAUCAUUUCCAAGAACUUGUAUAAUCCAUGGAGACCAAGGAGCUAUAUGUACAGACACUCAUCUUGGAGAUACUAAUGGGGGGAAAGAUCACAGCAUGGCAGCUGAAAGCCCUUUUAUGAAUGCCUUCGGGUCUGAGGCAGAAACCAUGGGCAGUCAGUCGUACAGUGACAGUAUUCUUACCGAGUCCUUUGAUACAGCCAAGGAGCAGAUCUCAGACUCCAGCAGCUCCACUGACACUUUACAAACUUACCAUAAUCCAACAGAUGAGAAAUACUUUGAUACUGACCACAGCACGCCUAGUCAAAUACCUGAUAAUCAAACAAGUGACAUCACAAGACACACAGAUGCCCAAAACACAGAUUCUGAUAUUCAGGAUGAACAAAACACACCCACUAAAGAAACACAUGUGUGUGCAGAUUCUAUUGAAAAACAUGUCAGUGCUGAGGACAAUCAGUCUGAUACUGACCGGACAGAGACUGUUAGCACGGACUGAUAACGCUGUGAGCGAGGACGACUACACAGAGAGAGUUAAAUGUGACACUAUUGACACACACAGUGAGUCUUUCUGUGUCACUUAAUGUUCUUCACUGACAUUUCCUGGUCACAUGUUUCUGGACCAGCACAUUGACUACGUUCCAGUCACAUGGCACUUAUUGUAGGAAAGAUGAUGUCAAUACUGUUGGACAGAGAUUGUGUGACUCUAAAGCAUGUGCCUUUUGUAUAUAUAAUAUAUUCUGUGGUUAUUAUGUUUUCUAAGUGUAUGUUUUUGUAUCUCUGGAAGAUAUGACUCACACAUAAAGAAUGUUAUUUUGUUU